AAAAAAUGUGGUGACACUCCAAGGUUUUCCAGCUUCGGUUAUAUCGCCAUCGUCUGAGCUUCCAAGAGGAAAACCACUCUGGUAGGUAUCGUCUUAUAAAACGAACCCAUCCUUCUUCCUUCCAAUUCAUUUGUGGCGACUCCUACCAUAGCUUCUCUUUCUUCGGUGUCUGUAUUUCGAACGAUCAUGGCUGCAUCUGCUUCUUUCGCCGGAUCGGCUGUCGUCGCUUUCAAGUCCACCGGAAUCUCGGAAAAGUCCGGAAUUACAUGCGGCCAUCGGGGAGUUUCUUUUCAUGGAAAGAAUGUGUCUUCAGUUCAGCUCCGGCGUAGCGUUAAUUAUUCGCAAUGCCGAUCUGGAGUGUCAUUUGCUUCAUCUGGUGUAAAAGCUCAGGUGGCUACUAUUGAACAAGCAAGUGUUGAAGCAACACAAAAGGUGGAAGCUCCUGUUGUUAUUGUGACUGGAGCCUCUAGAGGUAUUGGCAAGGCAGUUGCACUAGCUUUAGGCAAAGCUGGUUGUAAGGUUCUGGUUAAUUAUGCAAGAUCGUCCAAGGAGGCAGAAGAAGUUUGUAAAGAGAUUGAGGCCGUGGGUGGUCAAGCACUUACAUUCGGGGGAGAUGUUUCAAAAGAAGCAGAUGUUGCAUCUAUGAUAAAAACUGCAGUUGAUGCAUGGGGGACUGUUGAUGUAUUGGUCAACAAUGCAGGGAUUACAAGGGAUGGUUUGUUGAUGAGGAUGAAAACAUCUCAAUGGCAGGAGGUCAUUGAUUUGAAUCUCACUGGUGUAUUCCUAUGCACACAGGCAGCUGCCAAAAUUAUGAUGAAGAAGAAAAAGGGAAGAAUCAUCAAUAUAGCAUCUGUUGUUGGUCUGGUUGGCAAUGUUGGGCAAGCCAACUACAGCGCUGCAAAAGCCGGAGUAAUUGGUUUUACUAAAACUGUGGCAAAGGAAUACUCAAGCAGAAACAUAAAUGUUAAUGCUAUUGCCCCCGGAUUUAUUGCAUCUGAUAUGACUUCUAAGCUUGGGGAAGACUUUGAGAAAAAGAUCUUGGCACAAAUCCCGUUGGGAAGGUAUGGACAACCUGAAGAAGUUGYUGGGCUMGUCGAAUUCUUGGCUCUCAAUCCUGCAGCUAGUUACAUAACUGGACAGGUGCUUACCAUCGACGGAGGGAUGGUGAUGUGAGAGCACCGAAAGUCGAUCAUAUUUCGUAGAAUUCGUGUUGAGAUGGCUACAGAAUAAUUAGGCACCCAAGAAAGCUAUUGUAGAGUUCCYAAACCGUUAAAUUUAGCAGAAACUGAGCUUUGUAUUUCUGAUCGUAUUCAAGUGUGCAAUUUUGGGUAGCCAAUUCUUGAUCGUCGACAUUUUAAUUA